CAGGUGAUCGGGUCUGAGAGCUGAUCUGGGAUCAGGUGAUCGGGUCUGAGAGCUGAUCUGGGAUCAGGUGAUCGGGUCUGAGAGCUGAUCUGGGAUCAGGUUACACUUUGAACUCUACCAGCUUCCUGCUCCAUUAGCUGCUUUUAAAACUCGGGUGAAACUUUUUAGUUCGGUUUGGUUUCGGGACCGGAACUUACGGAACCGGGACUGACGGGACCAAGAUCUACGGGACCGGGACGUACUUCCAUGUGUUUUAAUCUGGAAAUCUGAGAAGAAGAAUACAUAACGGCAGGUUAGCUAACGGUAACGGUGUUUAUCGGAGAGGUCAAAGGUCAACCGCUGCGGAAGAGGGGACAAAGUUGGAGCAUCAUGCCCUGAGGUCAACAUGCUGUUUCCAUGACAACAAGGUCCAUAGUGGAUCCCUCUUGGACCAGAAUCUGUCCGGACCCUUCUUGGACCAGGUUCAGUCCUGACCCCUGUUGGACCAGGAACAAUCCGUUUCAAUCUUGGACCAGAAUCCGUCCGGACCCCCGAGAUGCUACUUUCCUCUGAUAGGUCACACCUGCCUGUCAGGAUGCAGCUGACCUAUCAGGAGCUGCAGGCUCAGUGGAGGCGGAGCCCCAGACUCAGGAAGCUGGCGGCUGCUCUGAUUGUUGCCUACGGCGUCAAGAAACUGUCUCCCUAUGUUUGGGGGAGGAUACAGAGGAGUGCAGCAGGUAAACAGCUGGGUGGGGCUAAUCUACCUGUGGGCGUGGUCAGCACCUCCAGCUGUGUGGACGUUGGAGGAAAGAAGAAGAGAGACAGCAGGUCUCCGUCAGUGAACAGGGAGUUCCUCCUCAGACUGUCUCGUCUGUUGAAGCUGCUGUUCCCCCGGUUCCUGAGUCCAGAGGUCGGCCUGCUGGUUCUGCACUCCCUCACCCUGAUGUCCAGAACCUUCCUGUCCAUCUACGUGGCAGCUCUGGACGGUGUGAUCGUGAGGUGCAUCGUGCAGAAGGACCCUCAGGCCUUCGUGCUGCAGCUCUCCAAGUGGCUCCUGGUCGCCGUUCCCGCGACCUUCAUCAACAGCGCCAUCAGGUUCCUGGAAGGUCAGCUGUCCCUCAGGUUCAGGAGCCGAUUGGUCGACCACGCCUACCAGCUGUACUUCACCAACCAGACGUUCUACCGCGUCAGCAACAUGGACGGCCGGCUGUCCAAUCCGGACCAGUCGCUCACCGAGGACAUCGUCAUGUUCUCCGCCUCGGUCGCUCAUCUCUACUCCAACCUCACCAAACCCAUCCUGGACGUGGUGGUGACCUGCUACACCCUGCUGAGGACCGCUCAUUCCAAAGGAGCAAACACCACAUGGCCGUCCGUCAUCGCCGGCCUGGUGGUGGCGCUCACCGCCAAAAUCCUUCGCUCCUGCUCGCCUCGAUUCGGCAAGCUGGUGGCCGAGGAGGCGAAGAGGAAGGGCGACCUGAGGUACAUGCACUCUCGCAUCAUCGCCAACUCCGAGGAAAUCGCCUUCUAUGGCGGACACAAGGUGGAGAUGGCCCAGCUGCAGAGGAGCUACGCGUCCCUGUCCUCUCAGAUCCACCACAUCCUGCUGAAGCGCCUGUGGUACGUCAUGCUGGAACAGUUCCUCAUGAAGUACGUAUGGAGCGCCUCCGGCCUGGUGAUGGUCGCGGUGCCCAUCAUCACCGCCACGGGCUACUCCAGAAACGACUCUGAGGAGGUGAAGCAGGCGGCCCUGCUGAUGGAGGAGGAGGAGCUUGUGAGUGAGAGGACGCAGGCGUUCACUACGGCCAGAAACCUCCUGAACGCGGCCGCCGACGCUGUGGAGAGGAUCAUGAUCUCAUAUAAGGAGGUCACAGAGCUGGCGGGCUACACCUCUCGGGUCUCUGAGAUGUUGGAUGUGUUUGAAGACGUGAAUAAUGGAGUCUACCGGCGCUCUGACAGAGAGGAGGAGCCAGCAGGAGACGUGGUUCAGCACGGACACCGACUCACCGGCCGCCUGGAGAUCAGAGGUCAGGUGAUCAGUGUGGAGAAGGGGAUUCGCUGUGAGAACCUGCCAAUCAUCACACCCAAUGGAGACGUGGUGGUUUCUAGCCUCAACAUCCAGGUGGAGGAGGACAUGAACGUGUUGAUCACCGGGCCGAACGGCUGUGGGAAGAGUUCCCUGUUCAGGAUCCUCAGUGGACUGUGGCCGGUUUAUGGAGGAGUCCUGAACCGCCCCGAUCCAGAGCACAUGUUCUACAUCCCACAGAGACCCUACAUGGCAGAGGGGACCCUCAGGGACCAGGUGAUCUACCCGGACUCGGUGGAGGAGAUGGUCCAGAGAGGAAUCACAGAUUCAGGUCUGGAAGAGAUCCUUGGCACGGUCCACCUGCUGUACAUCCUGGACCGAGAGGAAGGUUGGGAGUCGGUCAGCGACUGGAGAGACGUUCUGUCUGGAGGAGAGAAGCAGAGGAUGGGGAUGGCCCGCAUGUUCUACCACCGCCCUCGGUACGCUCUGCUGGAUGAGUGCACGAGCGCCGUCAGCAUCGACGUGGAGGGAAGCAUCUUCCAGGCUGCAAAGGAUGCUGGGAUAUCCCUGCUGUCAAUCACACACAGACCCUCCCUGUGGAAGUACCACUCUCACCUGCUCCAGUUUGAUGGAGAAGGAGGAUGGAAGUUUGAGCCUCUGGAUGCGUCCACCCGCCUCUCUCUGCAGGAUGAGAAACAGCGUUUGGAGAAUCAGCUGUCCGGAAUUCCCAAGAUGCAACAGAGGCUGACUGAGCUGUGUGUCCUGCUGGGGGUGAGACAGGAGGGGGGAGGGGUAAGACAGGAGGAGACAGAGGAGGAGAGAGAGACUGGGUGAGGAGGAGAG